AUGAAAAGAGUAACACAAAAGGUAGUUAAAGAAGUAGUAGGCAGUACUACUACUACUGCAGUCGCAGUUAAAUCAUACCCAACAAUAGUAAAAGAAUACUUUGUUGAACAAUCAAAAUUGGAUGUUGAUUGUAAAAAGAAUGCACCUGGUAUGAAACAUUAUAUGAAGGAUCAAUUCCCAUUCCUUGGAUUCAAGUCACCGACUCGAACGAGUUUGUUAAAGUCGAUGAUCAAACUACACGGUCUCCCACCAAGCGACGAUGAUAUAAUGCCAAUCUACCAAUCACAACAUCGAGAGUUUGCCUAUAUAGCAAUCGAGUUGACAUUGCAAAGAGUUAAAAAGAGCGAGCCUGACAAGACACGCAUCAAAAUGUACGAAGAGAUGAUCAUGUACAACUCGUGGUGGGAUACAGUCGACUUGAUAGCAUCUAAUCUCGUAGGACAACACUUUAAAAGGUUCCCAGAGCAACGUCUGGAAUACACUGAAAAGUGGAUAAAGAGUGAUAAUAAUUGGUUGAAACGAUCGGCACUACUCUUUCAACUAAAGUACAAAAAAGAGACAGACACUGAUCUACUCUUUAGAUACAUUGGAGAGACAAUGUCUGAGACAGACUUUUUCAUUCGAAAAGCUAUUGGAUGGUCGUUGCGAGAGUAUAGCAAAGUUGACAAGAAUAUAAUCAUCAAAUAUGUAGACCAACAUUCAACUAAACUUUCAACUCUAAGUCAACGUGAAGCUUUAAAACAUUGUACAAAAUAA